UGUAUAACAAAACACCUCUGGCUCUUUAUAUAUGAACGUGAUUAAUUAAAGUACAAAGAAUUUGGUGACAUAUAUGUCUCUUCUGCAGCUAUAAAUAAACCGAUGUAUAGAUGGAUUUUGUUCUUCAUUUGGUACCCACAAUGAAAAUGAUGGAUUUUCUUCUAUUGUUAAUGUUGGCUUUCACUUCGAUACUCACUUCAACUUCAGCUGCCAGCAUUACUACAACCAACAUUACGAUUCUACCGGGUUAUUCCGGUGACCUUCCUUUUGCCCUGGAAUCCGGAUAUAUCGGUGUAGGUGACAAUGAAGAAGUGCAGCUAUUUUACGUUUUCGUUGAGUCUGAGAGAGCUCCUGCAGACGAUCCUCUGUUGCUAUGGUUCAAUGGAGGCCCAGGUUGUUCUGGUCUUGCUGGAUUAUUUUUUGAGAGUGGUCCAGUAACUUUUAAAUUUGGAAAUUACAAUGGGAGCCUACCAGCAGUUCUUGACAAUCCAUUUCGAUGGACAAAGGACGUCAGCAUGAUAUACAUAGAUGCACCUGUUGGUGCUGGAUUCUCCUACUCAAAAACUCAAAGCGGUUAUGUUAUGGAUGACUAUAAAUAUGUUGCACAAAGCUAUGAAUUUCUGCAGAAGUGGCUGGAGGCACACCCUGCAUAUUUGGAAAAUAUGCUCUACAUUGGUGGUGAUUCCUUCUCUGGCAUAAUUGUGCCAAUGAUUGUACAACAAAUAUUGGAUGGUAAUGAAAAUGGAACUUUGCCUCUAAUGAAUCUCAAGGGAUAUGUAAUUGGGAACCCAGUAACGGAUUCAUUCAUUGAUGCGAAUGCAAGAAUUCCUUAUGCCCAUCGGCUAACUCUUAUAUCAGAUCAACUGUAUCAGGCGGCGAAAACAAGUUGCAGUGGAGAUUACGUAAACGUAGAUUCAAGCAAUGACGCAUGCAUUUCAGACAUCGAUGCUAUUGAUGCACUCAUAAAUGACGUAAAUACCUUACACGUCUUGGAACCAGUGUGUAGUGAAGGCACUGCCCGAAGAUAUCUCAAAGAUUUGUCCGAAGGUUUACUAAGUUCAGCAACUACUGGUCCUGCAUAUUGGUGUAGGAGUUAUAAUCAUAUGCUCGCCUACAAUUGGGCAAACCACCAAAGUGUUCAAGAUGCUCUUGGCGUCCGAAGGGGCACAAAAAGAUUUUGGCAAUACUGUAAUUCAACCCUGGCGUACACUCAAGAAGUCACUAGUGUUGUUAGUCUUCAUCAAAGUUUCACGGAGGUUGGCCUACGUGCUCUGAUCUACAGUGGUGAUCACGACAUGACAAUUCCUCACAUUGCUACACAAAAAUGGAUAAACUUUCUCAAUAUGACUCUGAAUGAGACCUGGAGGGCAUGGUCAGUUGAUAACCAAACUGCAGGGUACACAAAGAAGUUUGUAAAUGAAGCUUUCAAUUUGACGUUUGCGACUAUAAAGGGAGGAGGCCACAUUGCUGCAGAGUACAAGGUCAAAGAAUGCUCUGCAAUGAUUGAUAGAUGGAUGGCUCAGUACCCUCCUCUCUAAUUAAUACAUUUCACCCUCUUUAAACGACCUAAUGGUCCAGGAAAGAUAUGAAGUUUUUUUUCCUGGUGAGAAUGCAGUCUUUUUUAGUACAAGGAAAGUGAGAGUAAAAUAAAAUACACUGUUCUAUUUAAAUCUGGCUGUUGAGGAUCUCCAAUAGGCAGAUACAGAUCUUAAAACUAAUUCUGCUUUGUGCUUAGAAGAGAUCAAAAGCUUUAAUAUGUAUAAACUACUUGGAAGUUAGAACAGAAAAAGGGAAAGAAGGCAUUCUUGAACAGUGAGACUCCCCCAUGGCCAUCCUGAAGUGUCUCGAGCGUGCAAACACACACACACACACUCACACUCACUUGACUAUGCCCAUAAGGUC